GUGCAGUUGCACUUGAACAUCUUCAUUUAUGUGUUAUAGGUGCAUGCCAUAUUGAUCAAUAUUUACAUGUGCUAUUGCACCACUACUGCAUUCCUUCUUCACGUCUUCGAACCUUUGCUGGUAGUUAUAAUGCCAUUCAAUUACCCUCACGUACGCUCAUGUUUGUAUGUAGGUGAUGCGCGCAACGACUCGCCAGGACAUUCGGCGAUGUUCUGCACCUACGUCGUUAUGGACCACGAAACCCUUUCAGUGGUGACCAUUAUCACCAUCGACAAGCGCCACGUGGGAAAGAAGUCCCCAAACAUGGAGAAGGAGUGCCUGAUCCGUGUCAUGGCGUUGCUGGCACAUGAGAACGUCAAUGUGACGGAGGUGGUCACUGACGCCCAUCCACAAAUCACCGCCUACAUGAGAAAGAACCACCCCCGGGUCAUACCCCAUUCCUACGACGUUUGGCACGGUGCUAAAAACUUGGGCAAGCGGUUGAAUAAGGCCGCUCAGAAGGCUGGCUGCGAAGAACUGCGGCCGUGGAUCAAACACAUAGUGAACCACUUUUGGUUUUGCUGCCGCGAAGCCGAUGGCUCAAUUCACAAACUGCAGGGUCUUUGGUAGAGCUGUCUCCAGCACGUUCGCGGCAUCCACGAAUGGACGGUGGAGACGGCGGCCAUGGCAAGUGCAUGCACGCAGAUAUCGAGGGAAACUUGCCAAGUGAAGGUCUGCAGUGGAUGAAGACAACUUCACCCGGUUACGAAGCUCUGAAGCGCGUAGUGCUGGUCUCUAAUAUCUCUGGACAAUGGGGUUUGGGAACACUCUCGUGAAGGCCAUGAACAACUACCUAAUCACAGAUCUGGAAACAACGUUGUCCAUUUCAGGAGGAACCGCUACAUACACCACUUCUCGAUAUGU